AUGGACUUGAUGAAGCCAUGGACUCUACAACUCGAUCUUGUGUUUAAAAAGGGUGUUGCGCGUGAAACUACGACAUUUUGCGCAAAGAAUAACAUUUGUCUUCUACCGAAAGGACGCAAAAGAAGAUCAAACUCGUUCAUUACCUUCACUUCAAACGAUGUAAACCUUGUUGGUUUUCCAAUACAACUGGCUAAUGCACCAUCUGGCAGCAUGGACGCUCUUGUAGCAUUUUAUGUCAAAUUUCCACCCGGAGUCUCUUCAAAUCUCAGUGACUCUAUUGACGGUGCUAUACUCGUCGAUAUCAUAAAUGGUUCACUUGGUAAUAUCGGUAAAGACAUUGGAAAGACCUUGUUGUCCGUAUCAAGAUACCAGAUUCAAACUUCAGUGACCACAGAGUCUCCAGUAACGACGUCUGCUGGAUUUUUCCCUGAAGACAACAGCUCACUUGUUUAUAUAAUUGGUGGAUUAGUUGGUGGAACAAUUGUUCUUAUUCUACUAUUGGGUCUUAUUAUAAGAUGCUGUAGAAAACCACCAGCAAAAAGGUCUUAUACUGUACAAGAGGGUACUAAUGUGGAGAUGAGCGAAUACCAGCAAGACGGUACUUUCUUUCAAAAUCCAAAUGCAGAAUCCAAGCAAUGAUUAUAUGGUGAUUGCAAAACUUUAGCCUGAGACAAGGCUGAGAGAUCAGCACAUCUCUUGAAGGGAAUUUGGGCA